AUGGCCAUACGCCGGGUAAAGUUCAGUAUGAGUGAGCUAGCAAAGCGUGCGGCUGAAUCAGUCGGCUUUUCACACGAUCAAUGCGUUAAUGUUGAGAGAUUCCCGGAUGGCAUGUUCAAUAAAGCUUUCCUCUUUACCAUGCAGGACGGUACACAGGUUGUAGGCAAGGUGCCGAAUACGAAUGCUGGACGGCCACACUAUACCACAGCCAGUGAAGUGGCAACGAUGGAUUUUGUAAGGAAUAAGCUGAGUACUCCUGUGCCGAAGGUUUUGGCUUGGAGCUCAAACGCAAGUGAGAACCCAGUUGGUGCAGGAUACAUUAUUAUGGAGAAGGUUGGAGGUAUCCAGCUGAAUAAAGUUUGGCCACGGAUGAAUAUUAAGCAGAGGUUUGAGCUCGCCAAGACAAUAGCCAGGUAUCAAAAAGCCUGGAUGUCGAAUGGCUGCAUCCUCGUGAAUGAAGACGGGUCUCAGUUCAAAGACGAUCAAUUUGCUAUCAGUCCAUCAACAGGAAGAGGGUUCCUUGACGACGGUAGGAUCGACGUUGACUUCGAUCGGGGCCCCUGGGAUAAGCUGUACGGAUACAGAUUAGCAAUUGGGUCCCGAGAACUCGCCUGUGUACAGGAAAUGCCCCAAUUACCCCGGUCAAUCCUGGGUUUAUACGGUCCCGGCACAUACCGUCGCUCACCAUCGAAGGAAAUAGCUGCUAUUCGGGACUAUCUCCGCAUGGUGCAUUUCUUCCUCCCAACGGAUGACUCAAUAUUGUCCGCAUUCUUAUGGCACCCUGAUCUCCACGUUGCAAAUAUCUUUGUUAAUCCCGAAAAUCUAUCUGAGGUUGUAGGCAUCAUUGACUGGCAGUCCAGUGAGGUUUUACCUCUCUUCGACCAUGAACGUCAGCCAUGUUUUCUUGACUAUGAUGGCCCUCCAGCAACUGGCCUCGAUCCACCGGACUUCCCGCGCGACAUUGAUCAACUCAAUCCUGACGAAAAGAUGAAGGCCGAAAGGCUUUAUUUGAACAUGUCUCUCGCGAGUCUGUAUAGAAAGCUCACUUAUGGCAAGAAUAAAAGACUGUUCAAAGCUAUGGAGUUUCAGGAGACAUCGAGCUUUGACCUGAUGCUAUUGGCUCAGAACUUGCUCAUUGACGGAGAAGCUUUGUAUCAGGCCAGGAUACUUGAGCUUGCAGAGGAGUGGUCAUAUCUCCCAGGCGUACAGGCUUCCGGAAAUCCACCAUUUCCUUUGCAAUAUACUACCGGCGAGAUGGCAGAUAAGGCAUCCCGAAGCAUGGAGCUGAUGCGGGGCGUGAAAGAGUCUCUGGAUGAACUGUGGCCAGAGAAAGGCAUCGUGCCGCCUGAGCGGUAUGACGAAGUUAGGGAGCUUCUCAAGCACGCCAAGACAGACUUGAUUCACCAGCUUGCAACUUCUGAGGAAGAGAAGAUUGGGUGGGAAAAGGCAUGGCCAUUCGAUGACUGA